CUCAAUAGGGUAACCAUACAUUGGACGUCAUUGUGGAAAACUUAGGACGAGCUAACUAUGCUAACAAAGGAUCUAAAGUGAUGAACAAAGAAAGGAAAGGUAUAACUGGAGAGAUAUUACUAGAUGGUAAACUAGUAGAGAAUUGGACUGUCUAUCCAUUGACAUUCAAUAGGAAUUUUAUACAGAAAAUAUAUACAAACGAUAAAUAUUUUCCAAUAUCAUCAUUAACUAAACCACCAUGCUUGCUCAGAACCAAUUUAAAGAUAGAGGGACCUGUACCUAAGGACACAUUUCUUCAAAUGGAGGGCUGGGGUAAAGGAAUAGUAUUUGUUAAUGAACAUCAUUUAGGAAGAUACUGGAGCAUUGGACCACAGAAAACGUUGUUUGUACCAGCACCUUACUUAAAGGCAGGAUAUAACUCGAUCAUUGUGUUUGAAGAAGAAAAAAUAGGAAAAUAUGUAAGUUUUCUUGACCAUCCAUUGCUGACCUAAAAUUUUGUUGUAUGGAUAGAGAGACUCAGGAGAAAGACUUAAGACCAGGAAUGAUUGAAGGGAACAAGAUUCAAGAAGACCUUUGUAAUUUUCAAAGUACUACUUACUGCUGUGUUGUUUCUAAAAAGUGCUAAUUGUCUAUGUACCUGAAACCAGAAAAAGGACCCUACAUUAGAAAAGAAUAUUUUCAAAAUAAAAACUUUUUUUUAGCACAUAUUUUAGAACACUAUUUGAUUCAAUGCUCAACAAGUUUCCUUGUAAUUCAUAACAAUAAUGAAAAAUAAUAAAUAUUUCAAAUUCUAAGAUGACAUGUUGUCAUUGUCAAACAAAUAGUUUGGUAACAGUAUAGCUAAUUGCUGUUUAGAAAAUAACACUUUAAUAUUGGACAAAAUUUGGAUUUUUUUUGUCAAAUAUUAUAUUGUAGAAAACAGAAUUUAAAAAAAAUACCUCACUGCCAAAGCUUUUUCUAAUUGAUAUUUGAAACCUGUAACCUUCUAAUAUUUUUUUUAUAUAUAUUUUCCUGGUUUUUUUUAUUACUUUACCAUUUUUUAUUUGUAUUUGUGGAAUCUUAUUAUUCUCAUCAAUCUCUUUCUUGCCAACUUUUUGUCAAUCUAUUUUCAAAUUUUUCUAUAACCUGCAUUGAUUUU